AUGUUAACUGAUAAUAUUUUUAAUGAAAUUUCACGCUUGGACUCAUUAAUAGCUAGUUAUCAUGGUUUAGCAGCAACUAAGAGAUAUGGUGACUCUACAGUGACAUAUUAUUCACAAAGUAUAAAGGAUAUGCUUGAAGGCAUUAGAACAAAUUUAAGAAAUAUCGAUAAAAUUGAAACUAAGGCAAAAGUGGAAGAUAUCCUGAAGUCUCGCAUGGAUAAGAUUAGCUUUAUUGAAAUGACCCUUAGAGAUAAGGAGUAUCUUAGUUCAUUGACUAAGGUCCCAAGUUAUCAGGACGAAAGUGAAGAAGUGGUACAUAGUGACCUAUCACUAGUAGAAAAAGGAAAUGCAUUCUUGAAGUUAUCUAGUAACUCAGUAACUAGAAUGAAGAAAAAGAUCGUAGAAACUGAAAAGUUAGGUGAUGAAGCUUUGAGUAAAAUACAUAUUCAAGAGGAACAAUUAGAAAAGAUAAGAGCAGGUUUAGGUGAUGUUGAUUAUAACUUGAACAGAGCCAAAAUAACUAUUCGUGCUAUUGCUAGAGAUGCAGCUACAGAUUUUUGUGUCCGUAUAUUGUGUGGAAUAUUAACAGUAGCUGUUGUUAUUUUGAUUAUUAUUAUAAUUAUAACUUCAACAAAGAAAUAA